AAACAAGCACGCACUGAGCAUGCGUGAAGGGAAUAAUGGAGGACUGUCUGUGGUAACCGAAAAGAUCCAAUUUGUUUCUACUUAGUUUCUCGCGCUCUGAGGAAGAAAUCCACUUCUCUACCCAUCAGUGUGUUCAAUGUGCUACUUGGAAUGCCAAGAUGACUACAGACACUUUAGCCCAAACUGCUGAUUUCGGAGUAACAACGUUCACCCCUUGCAAAGCAGAUUUCAAGGACUUUGUUCGGUAUGUUGCCUUCAUGGAGUCACAAGGAGCACACAGAGCUGGGAUGGCCAAAAUCAUUCCACCUAAAGGCUGGAGACCAACAAGUACGUAUGAUGACAUCAAUGACCUGCUGAUUCCUGCUCCAAUCCAGCAGGUGGUGACUGGCCAGUCAGGAUUGUUUACCCAGUACAACAUCCAGAAGAAACCAAUGACUGUGUUUGAGUUUCAAAAGACCUCCAACUUGGAUAAGUUUUGCAGUCCUAGACAUGUGGAUUUUGAUGAGCUGGAAAGGAAGUUUUGGAAAAACUUGACCUUUAACCCUCCACUAUAUGGAGCUGAUGUCAGUGGGACACUCUUUGAUUCAGAUGUGUCUGAGUGGAACAUGACCCAUCUCAACACAAUCCUGGACACUCUGGAUAAUGAGAGUGGAAUGAAGAUAAAAGGAGUUACCAGCCCAUGCCUGCAUUUUGGGAUGUGGAAGAGUGCAUUUGCUUGGCACACAGAGGACAUGAAUCUUUACAGCAUUAGCUACCUGCACUACGGCGAGCCAAAGUCAUGGUAUGUUGUCCCACCAGAGCAUGGCAGAAGACUGGAGCGGCUUGCUAAAGGUUUCUUUCCUGGGAAUGCUCAGAACUGUGAAGCUUUCUUGCGGCACAAGAUGACUUUAAUUUCACCCUCAAUCCUUAAAAAAUAUGGUAUACAAUAUGAGAAGGUCACUCAGGAAGCUGGACAGUUCAUUGUGACGUUCCCAUUUGCCUAUCAUUCUGGUUUCAACCAUGGUUUCAACUGUGCUGAGUCCACCAACUUUGCUACACAGCGAUGGAUUGAUUAUGGAAAACAAGCUAAAUUGUGUUCUUGUCGUCAAGAUAUGGUGAAGAUAUCAAUGGAUGUGUUUGUACGCAAGUUUCAGCCUGACCGUUACAAAUUGUGGAAAGCAGGGAAAGACAACGCUCCAAUCGACCACUUCAAACCAACUCCAGAGGCUGGCGAGUUCCUCAGAAAAGAAAACAGCAAGCCCUCUAAAGGGAUUUCCAGAGAAGUAUCGUCUGAGGAGCAAACUUCUCCUGACCAGAAGGACAAAAGCUCAAAUCCUCAAAGUGGGGAAAAACAUCCACUUGAAGCUGUUCAGACGUCUAAAGGAGACAGAUGUGAUGUGACAGUCAAGGAGGAGAUGGAGCCGAAGAAACCCAAACCAUCCAUCAAGAAUUCUCCCAAAAAAAUCACAGCCCCCCCAGUACAACCCAAACCAGAACAUCAGCUGGAAAAGCACACGAAGCCACAACCUAAAUACUGCUCUAAAACCAACAACAAGAAAACGUCAAACAGACAAAGUCCUGCAAAAAAGGAGAGGAACAGUGGACCGGCUAUAAAUACGGGUCAUUUUGAGCCUGUUGGAAGAACUGCAAUGGUUUGUGAUGCAGAGGAGGCAGAAGGCAGUGUGGAGCAUAGAGUGGAAACCAGUGGCAUCCCAGUGCACAAGGUGUUUCAGAGAACACUCAGUUCUGCUGAUGUCCUACAUGUUCAUAGCUAUGCCAAAGGAGACUAUGGAGACGAAAUCCUGGUGCAGGAGGAAGGACGGACCCUAAAUAGUGAUAAUAAGAAGGAAGACCUCAAACAUAUCAGCAGAGAACAGGUGGGAGAAGUGUUCGCUCCCAGUGGAGAGCUAGAAAACCACCUGGAGCAGCUGCCACACCCCCAACACAGAAAGGAUGGCAUCAGUGAAAAAGAUGCUUUGGAGGGGCUUCCCCCAGCAGAGGCAGGUAGUUUCGACGGGGACAGCUGGGCUGAACCUCUGGCCCAUUUGUGGCAGAGCAGUCCUCCCAAUCUCCAGAAAGAGAGGGAAUAUAACCAGCGCAUGGGCUCUAAACCGCCAUACUGCUCUAUCUGUAUGCUCUUUCAGGCAUAUCAGCAGACUGACUGUGCCAGCAGUGGGGACAGUCCUGUCAUGAGCGCUGGUGGAUGCAUGCGGACCAAACCUCUUAUCCCAGAAAUGUGUUUCACCAUCACUACAGAAGAAGACUCAGAGAGUGAAAAACAACCUACUGCACCUUAUUUAGAGGGCGAUGGAACCAGCCUCCUCAUCAGCUGCUUCCAGUGCAGUGUUUGGGUUCACACCAGCUGUUACGGUGUGAACCCAGCCAUUGUGAGCACAGAGUGGAAAUGUGCACGAUGUAGGGCCAAUGCCAUGAAUGAGAGUUGCUGUCUCUGUUUGCUAAGAGGUGGAGCCUUACACAAAACCACCAAUGACAAGUGGGUACACGUCUUGUGUGCUGUAGCAGUGAUGGAGGCACGUUUCGUCAACAUCACUGAGAGAAGUCCUGUGGAUCUGAGUGGAAUCCCUCUGCUGAGAUUUAAAUUGAAAUGUUACUACUGUAAGAAGCGAGUGAAAAAGGCAUCUGGCUGCUGUGUGCAGUGCUCUCAUGGUCGCUGUCCCACUGCAUACCACCCCACCUGUGCCCAGGCUGCCGGGGUGCUGAUGCAGCCAGAUGAUUGGCCCUUUGUGGUCCAUGUGACCUGCUGUCGGCACAAAGGCCCUCCUCAGAUUGAGCGCAAUAAGGCAGCUAUGCAUGAUCUUACUGUGGGGCAGAAAGUGAUCUGCAAGCACAAAAAUGGCCGUUAUUAUCAGUGUGAUGUAGUGCAGCUGUCAAAAGAGACCUUUUAUGAAGUCAACUUUGAUGAUGGCUCCUUCAGUGAUAACCUCUUCCCAGAGGAUAUUGUGAAUCGAGACUGCACAGAGCUUGGACCCCCGCCGCAAGGUGAGGUGGUUCAGGUGCGAUGGACAGAUGGACUGGUGUAUGGGGCAAAAUUUGUGGCAGCUCAUGUAAUUCAAAUGUAUUUGGUGGAAUUUGAAGAUGGCUCACAACUUACAGCCAAGAGAGAUGAUGUCUACACUCUGGAUGAAGAACUUCCCAAGAGAGUCAAAUCCAGACUGUCUAAAGCGUCAGACAUGAGGUUUGAUGGAAUUUUUGAAGACAAUGAGAUCAUCCAGGAGUCUAAGAGGCAAAGAGUGAUCAACUCACGGUACAGGGGGGACUACAUUGAGCCUGUGAUUUACAGAGCCAUCAUGGAGUAGACCCUCACACCUGGCCGACCCAUCUUACACACCAGCAGCACCAUUGGGCUGAAGUGUUUUUAUGCACCUUAACCUUGCAGCUAGUCUCAGACAAUAUAGCACCAUAUGGCUUCUCCAGUACCUGCAGGGGCUGCUUUCAGUUUUAAAAUUCUAACACUUUGUUCACUUUGCUGGACUGUGAGGUAAAAAAAUGCCUUUUUUCCCAUUGCAUUUUUGCAAAGGACUCCAUACAACAAAGGUAAUGGAACAACUCCAUCUCUAGCGUCAAUUCAAAACAAUGUAACAAAUACCAUUGAGUAAAUUAAGAUGUCUGAAAUAACAGAAAGAGCUAAAGUUGGUGCUGAAAUGUAAAAUCAGCCACUCAGGAUCAAAGUUGUUUUAGACAAAUGCCCACAGAGUUGUACACCACAGAUCAAUAGACACCCCUGGGUUCAGUGUCUUGCCAAUGGACACUUGAACAUGUGAACCCGCAAUCCUGUGUUUAUAAGGUAGAGUAAAAAUCUCAGAUCCCAAAUAUUUGGUGACUUUCUUGCUAAGCAUAAAUAAAUAAAAACUAUUGAGAAGGUCUUUUAUUUUAUAGGGUUUUAUUAAAAUUUUAAAACUAGGUUGACAUUUGUUAUCCAUUAUACAACUAAACUUAAGUCUCUGUUUACUGGUCUUCAUGUCUAAUCUAGAGGAUUAGGGCAUGGACAUUUAAAGAGUUUCCUUUAUCAAACAAAGCUUUACAGGGAUAAUUGUGGAAAUCCUAAAAACAUUUCCUGCUAACAUCUUGCCUCCAAUUCAGAUAUUUUUAUUAUUAUUAUUAAUUCAUUAUCCUAUUAAAAAAAGAACACUGACAGCUGUUUUAAAACAAAGUUACAAAAAGUCCUAGUUUUACACUGCAGGCUGGUAGCUUAAAACUUUCUGCCAUUUUUUUCAAAAUGGUUUGAAAACUUUCAGGCUUUGUUAUUAGGAGUUGUCUUAAUCUGAACAGACACGCUCUGAGUUUUUCAUGUCUUGAGUCUUAUAAUAGAAGACUCAUAACUGUACAUAUUUUUGUUGUAAAUACAUAUUUGAGCUCUGCUGUUUUUCUUAUUGACUUUUGAUCCAAAUUUGAAUGUUUUAUGUAAGUGCUGCAACAACAGUCUCUUUUGGCAUGUGUGGUGUAGAAAAUUGGUUGCUAUAAAUAAACAGAGUAAAGAUGAACUCUUUAAAGGUAGCAGUGCCAUUUGAUCCCUAAUUUCCAGCUUUAUUAACUACUUUAUUUUUUUUAUUGUAGUUACAUCAACUGAAUAACUUGUCAUUGCUCAUUAUAAGAAAGGUUAUUCUUUCUAUCUUCUUUCAUUCAUUAUUGUUUUUAUACAUAUAAAGCAUGAAAUAUUUGUUUUUUUUGUGAAUUAAUGAAAUAUAGUGCUCUGAGAAACUAACAUCUGCAUUAAAGACACGUGUGCAGUAA